AGAGUCACAAGUGUCACUUUCAGUUUAUUCACAUUCCUUGUGAAAUCAAGUUGCUGUACUCAGCUAGAUGAUGGGGAGUAAACAAGAUAAUUAUGAAAAUUUCACUUAUGAUGGUCAGAACAGUAAGCCAAUGGAAGGGGUUUUCCACAGCCAUUUAGAGGAGAAAGUUCGUCCUUAUAUCGAUCUGAUUGACUCUUUUAGGCUGAUUGGUAUUGACAAAGAUUUGGCUUUGCCAACUAUAGCUGUAAUUGGAGAUCAGAGUUCUGGAAAAAGCUCUGUGUUGGAAGCACUAUCUGGGGUGGCACUGCCCAGAGGGAGUGGUAUUGUGACAAGAUGUCCACUGGAGCUAAGGCUGAGGAAGAUAAAAUGUGGUGUUCAAUGGCAAGCUGUAAUAUCUUACAAAGGACAGUUCACAGAAAAGUUUAAUGACCCAUCACUGGUUGAGGGUUAUGUUAAGAAAGCCCAGAAUGUGCUGGCUGGAGAAGGAGUUGGAAUUUGUGAUGAACUCAUCACUCUGGAGAUCAUGGCUCCUGAUGUAUGUGACCUCACACUGAUCGAUCUCCCUGGGAUUGCCAGAAUUCCUGUAAAAGGUCAACCUGAAGACAUUGGACAACAAAUUAAGAAUCUCAUUAGGAAAUACAUAGUGAAGGAUCAAACUAUAAAUUUGGUCGUAGUACCAUGUAAUGUUGACAUAGCAACAACAGAAGCUCUGAAAAUGGCAGAGGAAGUGGAUCCUGAAGGAAAAAGGACUCUGGCUAUUCUUACAAAGCCAGACCUCAUAGACAAGGGAACAGAAAAAAACAUUUUGGAUAUAGUCCGAAAUCAGGUCAUUCCCUUAAGUAAAGGCUAUAUCAUUGUUAAGUGCCGUGGCCAAAAGCAAAUUAAUGAAAAGAUCUCUCUGACUGAGGCCACUCGAUUAGAGAGGGAAUUCUUCAGAUGUCAUGAAUAUUUCAGCUGCCUUUGGAAUGAGGAGAAAGCAACUGUUCAGUGCCUUGCCACCAAACUGACUCACGACCUGGUUGAUCACAUUAAAAAAUCCUUACCACUGAUCUCAGAAGAGAUCAAGAAGAAGCUGUGGAGCUUAAGAAAAGAACUGAGUCAGUGUGAAUCCGGCCCACCACUGGACCCACAGAAGAGGAAGCUCUUUUUUAUUGAUACCUUGACGAAAUUUAAUGAUAAGAUCAACUGCUUGGCAUCUGGGGAUAUGGUCAAUGAUGAUAACUUGUUUGUAAUGCUUCGGUCUGAAUUCAAUAAGUGGAAAGACCAUCUUGACAGCACAAAGGGAUCAUUCUACGAAACGAUCCAGAAAGCGGUGGCUGAAUAUAACGAGAAGCACAGAGGACGAGAGUUGCCUGGCUUUUGUGAAUACAAGAUGUUUGAGAUGGAGGUACAGAAGCUUGUGAUCAAGCUACAAGGACCAUCCAUUGACACACUCAAGGUCAUCAGAGACACCAUUCAGAAACAGUUUUCAGAUGUGUCCAAAACCUGCUUUCCCAACUACCCUUACCUCCAGUCUGUUGCAAUGAACAAGAUAGACAACAUUCAGUCAAAGCAGGAAGCCAAGGUGGAGGAGAGGAUCCGGGAGCAGUUUGAGAUGGAGCAACUGGUCUACACUCAAGAUGACAUCUACUUCAAAACCUUGAAUGAUAUUCACGCUCCUGAUGGACAGAAGGCUUUAGAAGACAAAUUUGCUUGGUUUGACAGCAGAAACAAAUACCCUGAAAUGCUGCUGGCUUAUUACGAGAUCGUGGCGCAGCGCUUGGCUGAUCAGGUGCCCAUGCUGAUCAGAUACUUCAUGCUGAAGGAAUCUGCUCAGCUGCUGUGCAGUGAGAUGUUGGGUUUAAUGGACGGUGCCAACGUGGCCGAGGCUUUGCGUGAAGACUCGGAUAUCAGCAGACGCCGCAUUGACAUGCAGACCAGUGUGGACCGUCUUACUCUUGCUCAAGAGAAACUCAGCAACUUUCUCUGAAGCUACAAGGUCACUGCAGAUCAGGGUUUUACAUCUUUUUAGAAGUUUACCGCCUGAUUCAACCUAUCAGCUAAUUACCAAUGCCUAAAUGUGAUGUGAUAAAGUACUAAAAAACUCUAUAGGUUUCCCUUAUGAAAAGUAAGUGCACUUUUGUAUACUUUUCUAAAGUGUACUUAUUGUGCAAAUAAUAUACUUUUAAAAGAACACACAUAACUGUGAAUUAAAUGUAAUGUUUUCACCUCUUAAGUGCAUUUUAUUUGUAAUUCAAUUCAAAUGAAUCACAGUUCAAAUCUAUAUUAAAUGCAAUUAGUUGAACUUUUGAGUGUUUUUUUUAAACCACUUAAUUGGGACAUUAGUACAUAUUUAUUUCAUAAUUGCUUCUUAUGUCUUUAAAAUAUAUUUAAAGUGCACUGUUUAAUGUACUGACAAGCAAUUAACAAUAACUAAAAUAUACUUUAAUGUUAGGUAACAAUACACUUGGGUGUGAAUUGAAUGUAAUAUGUUAGACCACCUAAAUGCAUAAUAUUUGUAGCUGAUUUCAAAAACAUCACAGGUUAAAUUUAUAUUAAAUGCAAUUAGUUCAACUUAAGUUUGAGUGAUUUUUUAGACCCACUACAUCUUUAUUUUA